AAAGAAGCUUCACAUUUCCUCUCUCUCUCUCUCUCUCUCUCUCUCUCUCUGGGCCGUUGGAGAAUGCCACAGAUCCGGUGCUCUCGCUCUUAAAUCGUUUCUCUGCAUUCCCAGCUCGAACACACCGCCAAUUCUCCCCCGAAAUCACUUUCCUUCCCUUCCGAAUCCUCUCAAUCUAAGCAAAUUCCCAGAUCCUCUGUUUCUGAAUUACACAUUGCUCCCAUUUGUUCGAUAAAAAUUAUGCUGUGAAUUUGGUUACAUAAAUCAGGAGAGAGGAACAGGAAGAGGAAGAGAGAGAAGAUUGAGGGGUUUGUAAAAAUGGGUGUGAUUUCGCGGAACAUAAUGCCGGUGUGCGAUAACCUAUGUUUCUUCUGUCCUUCGAUACGUCCUAGGUCGAGACAGCCUAUUAAGCGGUACAAGAAGUUGCUCGCCGACAUCUUUCCUCGCUCUCCGGACGAGGAACCUAAUGAUAGAAAAAUCAGUAAACUUUGUGAAUAUGCUUCGAGAAACCCUCUCCGGAUUCCUAAGAUCACAUGCUCUCUUGAGCAAAGGUGUUACAGGGAUUUGAGAAGUGAGCAAUUUCAUUCUGUAAAAGUUGUCCUGUGUAUCUACAGGAAGUUGUUAAUAUCUUGUAAGGAGCAGAUGCCACUGUUUGCAAGCAGCUUGCUCAGCAUCAUACAGAUUUUGUUGGACCAAACAAGAAAUGAUGACAUGCGCAUUAUUGGAUGCCAGACUCUCUUUGAGUUUGUAAAUAAUCAGCAUGAUGGUACUUACAUGUUUAACUUAGAAGGCUUGACUCCAAAACUGUGUGUUUUGGCUCAAGAAAUGGGAGAGGAUGAGAGGGUGAAGCAUUUGCGUUCUGCUGGGCUUCAGGCCCUUUCCUCCAUGAUCUGGUUCAUAGGUCGAUUCUCCCAUAUGUCAGCUGAAUUUGAUAAUGUUGUUUUAGUAGUCUUGGAAAAUUGUGGAAGUCCUACAGAGAAGUCGGAUCAUCUUAAUCAAGGCACUGAGAGCAAAUGGGUUCAAGAAGAGCAAAAAGUUGAAGACCAUGCUGCUCCUGCACCAGAUUCCAUGAGAAGGGCUACGUCUUGGAAGAAGAUUGUAAAUGAGAGAGGCGAACUCAACGUGAAUCUCAGAGAAGAUGCCAGGACCCCUCAAUUUUGGUCCAGGGCUUGCCUGCAUAACAUGGCCAAGUUAGCUAAGGAGGCUACAACCAUACGGCGUGUGCUGGAAUCCUUAUUCCGCUAUUUCGACAAUGGAAAUUUCUGGUCCCCCGAACAUGGGCUUGCCCUUUCUGUGUUGCUGGACAUGCAAUUAUUGAUGGAGAGUUCAGGGCAGAACACACACUUCUUGCUGUCUACAUUAAUCAAGCACCUUGAUCACAAGAACGUCUUAAGAGAUCCCAACAUGCAAGUACACAUCAUUGAUAUUGCCACCUGUCUUGCUCAAGAAACAAGGGUUCAGCCUUCUGUUACGAUACUGGGUGCAUAUAGUGAUAUGAUGAGACACCUGCGGAAAAGCAUACACUGUUCCCUUGAUGACUCAAACCUUGGGACAGAAAUAAUUCAAUGGAACAGGAAAUUCGGAGAAGCUGUAGAUCAGUGCCUCAUACAAUUAUCACGUAAGGUUGGAGAUGCUGGCCCUAUACUGGACAUUAUGGCUGUGAUGUUGGAGAGUAUAUCAAAUAUUACAGUUAUUUCCAGAACCACAAUUGCUGCUGUUUAUCGUACUGCUCAAAUUGUGGCGUCCAUACCAAAUUUUUCAUGCCAAAAUAAGGCUUUCCCUGAAGCACUGUUUCAUCAAUUACUUCUAGCUAUGGUCUGUCCAGACUAUGAAACAAGGGUGGGUGCACAUCGUGUGUUUUCUGUUGUUCUUGUCCCAUCUUCUGUUUGCCCUCUUCCUAGCUCAACGACUCCAUCCUCAGCAAAUCCCACAGACAUUCAAAGGACACUUUCAAGAACUGCGUCUGUCUUUUCUUCAUCAGCUGCUCUUUUUGACAAGAUAAGAAAGGAUCAAAGUUCCUCGCAACAAGAUGACAUAAGUCAAUCAAGAGAAGACAAACCUGUGGAUGAUGAAAGUGGAACAAUCGAUAACCAAUCUAUGUUGAACAGAUUGAAGUCAACUUACAGUCGAGUUUAUAGUGUGAAAAGGCAAGAAUUACCCAUACACACAGAGCACGAGCCGGAAGCUAUUUCUCUUAGGUUGAGUACUAGACAGAUCAAUGUGCUAUUCUCAUCACUUUGGGCUCAAGCCAUAUCUCCUCUUAACACACCUGAAAACUAUGAAGCCAUUGCCCAUACGUAUAGCCUGGUGUUGCUAUUUUCACGAACCAAGCACUCCAGUCAAGAGGCUCUUAUCCAAAGUUUCCAGUUGGCAUUCUCUUUGAGGAGCAUUUCUCUUGGUGCAGGACCACUACAGCCAUCUCGACGGAGAUCCCUCUUUACCUUGGCAACAUCUAUGAUAAUAUUCUCAGCAAAAGCGUUCAAUAUCCUCCCUCUUGUUUAUUGUGCAAAGGCUCCAGUGACUAGUAAUAAUGUUGAUCCAUUUCUGCAUUUGGUUGAUGAUUGCAAGUUGCAGGCUGUUAAUACUGGAUUAAACAACAUGGGAAAAGUUUACGGAUCAAAAGAAGAUGAUGAUGAUGCCUUAAAGACGCUUUCAGCAAUAAUGACAACGGGUGACCAAUCCAAAGAAUCCUUUGCUUCCAUGAUAGUAAAGAUGUUGGGGAACUCUUCAAUGCCGGAGUCUUCCUUAAUGAAGGAGCAGUUGCUCAAGGAUUUUCUUCCCGAUGAUGCAUGUCCAUUGGGAGCCCAGUUAUUCAUGGAGACACCUGGCCAGGUCUACCAGUUUGAUUCUCAAGAUAGGAAAUCUCUUGAUGAGGUUAAGCCUCCAAUAUUUGUGAUAGAUGAUGGUGUGCCACCUGAUGCAUCUGAAAGUCAACCAGAUCCUGAUUUUCUGCUGACUGUAGGAAAUCCGAACCUCCUGAGUGUCGACCAAUUUCUAGAUUCGGUUUUGGCGACAAGUAAUCAAGUCGGAAGGUCUUCUGUCUCUACCGCAUCUGACAUGCCUUACAAGGAAAUGGCAAGCCAUUGUGAAGCCCUCCAAAUGGGAAAGCAGCAAAAAAUGUCUGAUGUCAUCAAUUCCCAACAGAUUCAAGGAAGUGCAGUGAGCUACUCUUGCCAUGAUUUUGACCAGGCAAAGCAUGUUCCAUCUUAUUCCCAGAUGGGGAAUCCAUUCCUUGACCAGAACUUGAGUGUUACUUCACACAAACCAACCACUGGGACUCCAAUGCUUUGUGCAGCCGAGUACCAGCACCAUCCCGACUUCUUUAGGCUACCGGCAGCAAGCCCCUUUGACAACUUUCUGAAGGCUGCUGGUAGUUGAUCCCAAAUCAAAUGGCGGACUCCUGGCCCUGGCUGCUUUCAGAAGUUUGCACUGCUGUUUGCUAUUGUUGUUGGAAGAGAAGUUCAUCUUUUUUUCCUCUGAGAGGUAGUGAAUUGUUUGCAUUUUUCACAUAACAUGCCCCCAUUGAUGUUUCCUUUUUCUUUAGUGCUGGGGAGAUGGAGAUGGAGAGGGAUUUGCUUUACUUUAGUUCCUCCCCAUUGUUUUUUGGUAAAUAUUACGUGUCCAACUGUCUGGCGCCCUAUUUUGUUGCCUGGGUUCCAUAUUGAUUUGUACAUUGUGUAUUACUACUACUUAUUGCCAUCAGUGUGAUGGAAGGAGUUUAUAAAAGUUCGACAUUCACUGCAGAAAUGGAGAAGUUGUUUUGGGCCUUUGCCAGAUAACUA